CAUUCCCUCAGACGUUCUACCAGACACAAAGUAGUGUUUUAUACCUGUAUGCACUCUAUGUCACUUUGAACUUUUAUAUGAGUUUGCAUAUGUAAUAUGUAUCUUCAUCUACUUGUUAUCUCCUGUACUGUGUCCGCACUCUCUGGUCAUCUCCUGUACUAUGUCGCAGUCACUGGUCAUCUCCUGUAUCAUGUCUGUCGUCUCUGAUCAUCUCCUGUUACUAUGUCCAACGUCUCUUGAUCAUCUGCUAUACUAUGUCCGCAGUCUCUGGUCAUCUCCUGUACUAUGUCCGCAGUCUCUGGUCAUCUCCUGUACUAUGUCCACAGUCUCUGUCAUCUCCUGUAUCAUGUCUGUAGUCUCUGAUCAUCUCCUGUACUAUGUCCGCAGUCUCUGGUUCAUCUCCUGUACUAUGUUUGCAAGUCUCUGGGCAUUUCCUGUACUAUGUCCCAGCACUCUCUGGUCAACUCCUGUACUAUGUCCGCAAUCUCUGGUCAUUCCUGUACUGUGUCCGCAGUCUAUGGUCAUCUCCGGUACUUUGUCCACAGUCACUGGUCUUCUCCUGUACUAUGUCUGCAGUCUUCUG